GAACAACAAUUACUGGAACUCGUUGAUGAAGAAUUGGAGAAUGAGCAAGUAGAUAACGAAAAAGAUGAUAACGAAAGAGUAGAUGAUGAUGAAAGAGUAGAUGACAAUGAAAUGGUGAAUAACAAUGAAAGAGUGAAUGACGAUGAAAUAGUGAAUAAUGAUGAAAGAGUGUAUUAUGAUAAAAUGGUGAAUAAUGAAAUGGUGGAUGAUAAUGAAAGAGUGAACAACGAUGAAAGGGUGCACAAUGAUGAAAGUGUGAAUGAUAAAAGAGUUGACAAUGAAAGAGUAGAUGACGAUGAAAGUGUGGAUAUUGAAAGAGUAAAUGAUAGAAGUGUGUAUAAUAAAAGAGUGGACGAUGAAAGAGUUAACAAUAAAAAGGCGAACAGCGAAAAGGUAGAUGACAAAAGGGUGGAUAAUAAUAACAAUGAGAGGAUGAAUGGUAAAAGGUAG